AUGUUCAGACGCUCUUCUUUUCGUCCAGUAAGUAAAUUUGCCUCUGCAUAUUACGUUUAGGAAGAUAACAAUGUGAAUGUAAACACUCCCAUAAAUUUCAUCAGAUCAACGGAAGUAAGUGUCUUUGCUUUUUAGACAGUAACGUCGUUUUCCAGAGUUGCAAAGGAGAAGGUGUCCCUGUAUAUGGAGGGAAAGACUUCUAUUUGAGUCCAAGGGAAGCUCAAGAUGUGGAUAACUACUUGAGGAUACUGGAGAAGAAGAAACAAAUGGAACCGGACUUCCUCCGUGGACGAGCAGUGGAGCCUAGAAUGAGAGAAUUACUGGUCGAUUGGGUACUAAAUGUUUGUGCCGUCCAAAUAAAGUGCAGCCAGGAAGCGUGGACCUUGACGAUCAAUCUGACCGACCGAUGUUGUGUUCUGAUGGAUGUGAACAAAUCCAAUUAUCAGUUGAUUGCCGUCACUUGCCUCUACAUUGCUUUGAAAUACGAGGAAGUUGUCGUCCCUCACAUUAAGGACAUCGCGUAUUUCGGUGGAAGACAAUGUACAAGUGAGAAUGUUCUUGCAACAGAAUUGCAGGUAGGCGUUAAAUCUACAAUAAUAUUGUGUUUUAGGUCCUUAAAGCCUUGAAAUUUAACCUUCACUUUGCAUAUCCAUGCCAUUUUCUGAGGAAACUGAGGGCAUUCGCCCAACUACCUUCCGAUGACACCAAGAAAGUCUACGCUCUGGCCCAACUGUUUGCAGAUUGUGGUAUGAUCGUUUAUCAUACAUCUCAAUGGCUUCCUUCGGAGUUGGCUGUCGGUUCUUACUCCUUGAGUUGCUUUGUGCUGGGGGUAACAUUCAACGAUUACUUAUUCAAGGCCUCCAACAAGACCGCUGCAGAAAUCGAGAAGUUGGCUGUUGGAGUCGCGGCCGCCGUGAUGAGGGUGAGGAAAUCAGGACAGUGCAAAAGCGUGGCGCAGAAGUAUCGGAACAGUUCAAUCAUCCACAACUACAACAAUAUUCAACAAACCCUAAUCAAGUUCAUGGAGAAAUCAAAACCCGCACUAUCGUCAACCAUUUGUUAG